AUGGUUACUGUCUACACUAUUACCAUCAACAACGACUCGGGGGAAGACCGAAGGUAUGCCCUCUUCACAGAGCCACCUCAAGUCGCGGCCGGUGGCAUCAAGCCGAUCAUCUGGUCCAAUGUAUUUGGACGUGCCAAUGCCGCCCAUAGUACCAGGACUGAAUUCAAAAUCACGAAACAAUAUUACGCCGUCUUCGGUAGUUCAUCUGGCACGCCGGGCGAAGGUGUUGAUGUCAUGGUUUCAGGUACCAAGAAGGUUGAUCUGGGCAAGUUGAACAAAGAUAAGACCGAAGUAAAGGGAACAACCCUGAACUAUGUGGUCAAAGACGGAAUUCCGCAAUUCGACGACGGCGACCACCCAAACCAAGGCCAAGUCCAGGCCUUCAACAUCACCACGGAUGAGUUCAACGCUUCCCAGGCGAAAAAAGAUCACUUCUUCAUCGGUCUUGCCGGAUCAGCUCAGGGCAUCGGCCCCAAUGCCGGCCCCUGCGCCAUUUUCACGCCUGAGCCCAACGCGGAUUAUCAGAUCCAGCCGUCAUCCAAGUUCUACGUCGCUUUUGGUGACUUUAAAGAGGGCGAGAUCAUCGAUUAUGUAAAGAAGUCAAAGAAUGCUUGCUUGGUCGACUUUACCAAACUUGACCAUGCGGGCACAACCGAUGUCGUCAUCAACCACGAUAGUGACAACAUCAUGACUAUCCAGGCUGAUUCCUAG